GGAUUUUGAUUUAAACCAGUGAAGAUCGCGCUUAGUGCUAUUUGUCUUUAGGGAAAAGUAGCAACAUGUCGAAAGUGCGAUCGCUACAUUUAUUAACUGUUCUCUUCCUCACCAUCGUGACCUUUAGUAUCUCAAAUUGUGCUUCAAUUUUUGGAGAAGAUGCGGAUGUACCGGAAGCACCAUCGCUUAGUGAAGUUAGAGUUCUAUAUUCUGAAAAUACUAAAACAGAGAAUGGAUACAAAUUCGUCUACGAACUGAGUGAUGGCCAAGGAAGAGAAGAAAUCGGUACGAUCCACAAUCCAGGAACUGAUCAGGAAUACCUAGAAGUCGUUGGAUAUUACCGCUACACCGGUCCAGAUCAAUUCACUUACCGAGUCAAUUAUAAGUCAGGUCCUGAAGGAUACGAAGCUAUGACUAGUCGCUACAAGACAGGGCGGAACCGAAUUUCUCCAGUUGCUCUUAAAUCCCUCGUAGGCUAAGAAUACGAGAAUUAUUGCUUAAACUAACUAAACUAAUUUUUCUUAAAAAAAAUAAGAAAAUAUUGUCAUGAAUUUAUAAAAGUCAGAAAUACACAACAUUUUUUGCUAAAGAUAUUAGCUUUAUAUUUCAAGGUAAUAACAGUUCAAGAAUUUUAAGUAUUCUUAUGAUCGUAAUAUUUGUAUAAUUUCCAUGAUACUUGCAAUAAGUAAAUGAACAAAAACUGUAUCUGAACUUUAGAUUCGGUAACAAAAAUAUUUAACAUAUUGAAAAAAUUACUGGGUAAGUUUUUCUAGUAAUUAAAAGGUUAGAUUCCUAAUAAUCUCAUUUACUCAAAGUUUUUUAUUCACCAUAGGAUCUGACCAAAAAACGGACGGGAAAGUUUUUUAGCCACCAUACAUUCAUGAACAGGAAAACGCCAAAUAAUUUUUGGCAAAUUUUGGAGCCAAUCGGAGGACGUGAGAUUUUGUGAUGAUUUAUGAGAGUUGAGAUUGUUAAGUAUCUCACCUAAUAUUAUUUAAGACAACUAUGUAAUGCUCGAAAAAUUUUUAUUUGGAAUGAUAAAGUAUGUAAUUUUUUUGGUUUGAGAAACUUUUUUACAAAAAUAAUUCACUUUCACUCGAUUUACUGUUCAAAACAAUUUUGUAAAAAAAAUAAUAAGUUCAAGGACUUUACGCCGAAAGACUAUUAUUACCAAGUUGAUCAUAAAUUUUGUAUUUUUUUUUGAUUGAUAAUACUUCUAUAAUUUUUUCUAACA